AUGAGUGACGUGUGCAAAGAAUUCAAAGGCUGGUUCAAUUCAUUCACUAGAACAGAGAUCUAUCUAACAUUAUUGCAAGCCGUGUUCCUAGUAUCAUUAAUCACCAUUGUAACGUUCCUGGUGCUUCAUUUACUCGUGUGUUUGGAAGACGAUCGUCGCGAAGACGUCACUGUCACGAUCGAUAACUUGACCACUGCCGUGGAGCGCUCGUCCACCCACCAUUAUACACCUACAACAGAAAGAUCGACGCUGUCGAAGGACGUGGAGUGCACCUGGACACCCUCCGCGAAGACCGAGGCCACUGCUCAGUAUUACGAAGGAGGUGAAGUUAUCACACUUCCUCCUCCGACUGUCACGCCCGAUGGAAACACUCCUGGAGACGUGUCGACGGAGCAGUCAAUUAAAACUGAUGAUGGAAAUGAAACGAUGGGGUCGGAUGAUGAACUCGCAGGUGAUGUAAAGGCCGGUUGGCUUCUCGCUCUCGUUAAACUACAGCACCCUGGGGAGGUUCUUUUCGGUUGCACUCUCACCGUCGUCUCGAGUCAUUGGACGCUCACUGCGGCCAGUUGUAUAGAAGCCAUAGAGGAAGUGGACACGCUGGAUGACUUCGUGAUGAUGGACAGGCUCGGACGGGGUACGCGGGGCGCGAUCCACGAGGUAUCAGAGGUGAUCGUGCAUCCGCUGUACCAAGGUGUCCAGAAAAGUUACGACCUGGUCGCCAUAAAAUCUGUAGACAGACUCAGCGAAGACGGCGGCCGACACGUGAAGCUCGCCACCCUGUUGGAGGUCUCCCUCGUCACUCUGGGGGAAAGGCUCAGCGUUCUCGGCUUCGGCAAACUGAGUCUGUCGGUGGACCCCGGGGACCGCCGAGUCCGCGAGGUGUCCGUCUUCAAGGUGUCUCCGCGGCAGUGUCCGGGCCACGACACGUGGGCGGCUCGUCACCUGGGGCGUGCGGGCGCGGCGCGGCGUGACGCGGGCGGGCCGGGCGCGUUGUGCGUGGGGCGGGCGGGCGGCGGACGGGCCUGUCCGUGCGCGGGGGCUCCGCUGCUGUCUUCCGACAUUUUGCUGGGUGUCAUGAGCGACGACGGCGCCUGCGGGGUCUCCUGCGGCCCCGCGCUCUACGUCAACAUCGCGCUACAAAGAGAUUGGCUGGACUCAGUUCUCGAUGACGAUUAAAUGAUUUCUCCAAAA